CUUCUCUCACAAGCCCUGAUCACUACCAUGUAGUAUAGUCAUCUCCCAAUCAGCACGAACACGAUUCAUAAGACUUUCACAAAUCAGGGUUAGGUUGAUUUGCAGGGGACACCGCCUUUUCAGCUUUAUUUUCCUUUCACCUCGGCCUAAAACCGGCCGUGCCACUGCCGCCGCCCAAUAUAUAAACACAUCUACUCUCUCGUGCACUACAACUACCACUCGUCCACUCCUAAUAACCUACCACUCUACUUCUCCUUGCAACAUCGUCGUUAGUCCUCUAACCCAAGGCAUUGACCUGAGCUUGUUGUGCGCUUCUGCCUUAUCUGCAUCCCCUCCCGGCCGAGACGCGACCAUCUUUCUUUCCCGCUUCGUUAGCUGUCUCUGCCGAUCGAUCGGACUGGACGGGGAGACAUGAAGGUGCAGUGCGACGUGUGCGCGGCCGAGGCCGCCUCGGUCUUCUGCUGCGCCGACGAGGCCGCGCUGUGCGACGCGUGCGACCGCCGCGUCCACAGCGCGAACAAGCUCGCCGGGAAGCACCGCCGAUUCUCCCUCCUCCAACCGUUGGCGUCGUCGUCGUCCGCCCAGAAGCCACCGCUCUGCGACAUCUGUCAGGUAUGCACGCGGCGAGAGGCUGCUGCUCUUUUUCCUCGGGUUGCUUCUGUUGCUUGCUGCAACUCUGAAGCGUGUGGACUCUCGUCACUUCAGGAGAAGAGGGGGUUCUUGUUCUGCAAGGAGGACAGGGCGAUCCUGUGCCGGGAGUGCGACGUCACGGUGCACACCACGAGCGAGCUGACGAGGCGGCACGGCCGGUUCCUCCUCACCGGCGUGCGCCUCUCGUCGGCGCCGAUGGACUCCCCCGCGCCGUCGGAGGAAGAGGAGGAGGAAGCAGGGGAGGACUACAGCUGCAGCCCCAGCAGCGUCGCCGGCACCGCCGCGGGGAGCGCGAGCGACGGGAGCAGCAUCUCCGAGUACCUCACCAAGACGCUGCCCGGUUGGCACGUCGAGGACUUCCUCGUCGACGAGGCCACCGCCGCCUCCUCCUCCUCAGACGGGCUAUUUCAGGGUGGGCUGCUGGCUCAGAUCGGUGGGGUGCCGGACGGUUACGCGGCGUGGGCCGGCCGGGAGCAGCUGCACAGUGGCGUCGCUGUCGCCGCCGACGAGCGGGCCAGCCGCGAGCGGUGGGUGCCGCAGAUGAACGCGGAGUGGGGCGCCGGCAGCAAGCGACCCAGGGCGUCGCCUCCCUGCUUGUACUGGUGAAAAAAAAACGUGCGCUUAUCAGCCACAGCCAGUACGAAAUGUACGAUGCUUGUGUACCAGUGUACUGAGGUAGUAGCGUUAGAAGAUUAGGAAUUUAGUAGUGGAUGUUGAUUUUGAGCUUAACGCGUGUCUUGGAUGAAUCCCUGACUCCUGAAUGUUUGGGGAAUUAAUGUGAGUGGUAGUGUCCUCUUUGGGCGGCAAAGAAUUAUACGCCCCUUGCGAACAUGUCGAACUGUACGGUCUGCCAUUUAAUCUGCACGUUCACCCCUCUGCAUCUUCUGUACUGCAAAUCAGAUUUUGUGACUCUUCCAUUAGGUUAUGAAGUUUUCAGGAUGUUGCAGCGCAA